GUAGGAAGAUUACUUUGAAUAAAAAGUUUACUUUGAAUUAAAGCAGAAACAUUGUACGACAUGGCGCUUAAUAAGAAACCAAUUCUCUCCAAAAAUCUUUUGGAGAUGAAAUUUGUGAAAAAAACUAAAAAAAAAUUGGAGAAAGAAGCGAAAAUAGCAGAGGUGAAGUCAAUGUAUUCUAACGAUGUUGGUUACAAGGUUCUCGGUGAAUCAAAAUUUUAUUAUGAAAGAUGUUUUAAUAAUCUUGAAGACCUCAAUGAGGGUAGAAUGAGUUUUAAUGGCAUGAAUCCGGAAAUUGAAGCUUUAAUGAAAGCUGAUGAAGCUGAAAAAAAACUCAAGACUGAUUUUAAACGGCCCACGGAUGUAUCUAAUAUUAAGAUGACUUCAAACUAUAAUAAACACCGAUUAUUUAAGCCGGUUAAGUAUAAGCAGAGAAAGUAA